CUCUCUCCGUCUCUUAUGCCGAGGCAUUGAUUAUUGUGGCUGCCGCAGAAAGUUCUCCAGCACCCACCUCGCCUUCAGUUCGUCCAGCUACAGCCAGUCCAUUGUGUUCUCUGCUUUAUCACUAAAGGACGAUGGCAGACACUGAAGCCGACAAGUUGUACCGGGCGGAAUACGCUAAAAGCGGCCGCGCGUCGUGUAAGAAAUGCAAAGACAAUAUAGCUAAAGACUCUCUGCGGAUGGCCAUCAUGGUGCAGUCCCCCAUGUAUGACGGGAAGGUCCCUCACUGGCACCACUUCUCCUGCUUCUGGCAGCGAGCAGCACCUCAGUCCACUGCUGACAUUGCUGGGUACACUGACCUCCGCUGGGACGACCAGGAUAAGGUCAAAAAGGCUAUUGAAAGUGGUGGAGCUGUAGGAAAGAGUGGAGCUAAAGGGGAGAAGACACUUAGCGACUUUGCAGCGGAAUAUGCCAAGUCAAACCGUAGCACAUGCAAAGGUUGUGAGGAGAAAAUAGAAAAGGAUCAGAUUCGUGUGUCUAAGAAGUCUGUGGACCCAGAGAAACCUCAGCUGGGUCUGAUUGACCGCUGGUACCACACAGCAUGUUUCGUGAGUCGCAGGGAGGAGCUGGCCUUCAAACCUGAAUACAGUGCUGCCCAGCUGAAGGGUUUCAACACACUACGGGCUGAAGACAAGGAAGAGCUUAAGAAGAGACUUCCUGCUAUGAAAUCUGAAGGAAAGCGCAAAUCAGAUGAGGUUGAUGGAGUGUCAAAGAAACAAAAGAAAGAAGACGACGACGAGAACAAAAGGCUGGAAGAGCAGUUGAGGAACCAAAGCCAGCAGAUUUGGGGAAUCAAGGACAAGCUGAGGAAAUAUUGUUCAAUUAAUGACAUGAAGGAGCUGCUGAUCGCAAAUGGACAGGUGGUUCCCUCUGGAGAGACCAAUGUGGUCGACUGCCUUGCUGACUGUAUGGCCUUUGGUGCUCUCGAGGCCUGUCAGGAGUGCAAGGGCCAGCUGGUGUAUAAGGGAGAUGCUUAUUACUGUUCAGGCGACAUUUCAGCUUGGACAAAAUGUGUGUUCAAAACAACUACACCUGCACGCAAGGACUGGGUAACCCCAAAGGAAUUCAAUGAGGUUCCUUUCCUGAAAAAAUUCAAGUUCAAGAAACAGGACAGGGUUUACCCAAAGGAGGCUCCCAAUCAAACUGUGACAGCUGCCAGUGCCAAACCUCUGGCGAGUGCAUCCAGUGCCCCGUCCAAGCAACUGCCAGAGGGAGCACCUUCAGACAAACCUCUGACUGGUAUGAAACUAAUAUCUGUGGGUAAGCUGAGAAAGAACAAGGAUGAUUUAAAGGCUGCUGUGGAAGAGAUGGGUGGAAAGAUAACCGGCACUGCCAACAAGGCCUCCAUCUGCCUGAGCACCAAGAAGGAAGUGGAGAAUAUGAGUAAGAAAAUGGAAGAAGUGAGGGACGCAGGUGUGCGUGUGGUUUCUGAGGAUUUCCUCACAGACAUCAAGUCUUCAGGUAAAGCUCUUCAGGAACUGGUCUCCAUGCACGCCAUCUCACUGUGGGGCGCAGAGGUCAAAGUCGAGGCCCAGGCUCCGUCUGUGGCCUCCAAGUCUGGAGCGCUGGCGACCAAGAGCACGGGGAAAGUGAAGGAGGAGGAAGGUAGUAGCAAAGCCAAGAAGAUGAAACUCACAGUUAAAGGAGGUGCUGCUGUGGAUCCAGAUUCAGGUCUUGAGAACAGCGCCCAUGUCCUGGAGCAGAGUGGGAAAAUGUACAGUGCCACACUGGGACUUGUGGACAUUGUCAGAGGAACUAAUUCCUACUAUAAACUGCAGCUGCUGGAGGAUGAUGUACAAAAAAGGUACUGGGUGUUCAGGUCAUGGGGUAGAGUGGGUACCACCAUCGGAGGCAACAAGCUGGACAAGUUUCAUGAUAAGAACUCUGCCCUGGACAACUUCCUGAGUGUGUACAAGGAGAAGACCGGCAACAACUGGGGCACCUCCAACUUCACCAAAUAUCCCAAUAAGUUCUACCCACUGGAGAUUGACUAUGGACAGGAUGAGGAGGCGGUGAGGAGGCUGACAGCCACUGCUGGCGCCAAGUCCAAACUCGCCAAACCCGUCCAGGAAUUGAUUAAGAUGAUCUUUGAUGUGGAGAGCAUGAAGAAGGCCAUGGUAGAGUUUGAGAUUGAUCUACAGAAGAUGCCCCUCGGAAAGCUGAGUAAGAGGCAGAUCCAGAGUGCCUACGCUCUUCUCACUGAUGUACAGCAGGCUGUGUCGGAUUGUUUGCCAGAGGCACAGAUACUGGAUCUCUCCAAUCGCUUUUACACCCUAAUACCACAUGACUUUGGCAUGAAGAAACCUCCUCUGCUCAACAACCUGGACUACAUUCAAGCUAAAGUUCAGAUGUUGGACAACCUGUUGGAUAUUGAAGUGGCAUACAGUCUGCUCAGAGGAGGCGCCGAGGAUAACGAUAAAGAUCCCAUUGACAUCAACUAUGAGAAACUCAAAACCAAGAUUGAGGUUGUUGACAAGACCACAGAGGAGGCUGAGAUCAUUUUGCAAUAUGUUAAAAACACUCAUGCUGCUACACACAACACUUACUCCCUGGAAGUAGAUGAGAUCUUCAAAAUUGUUCGUGAGGGAGAGCGCGAGCGGUUCCUUCCAUUUGAGGAGCUACACAAUCGCCAGCUGCUGUGGCACGGCUCUCGCACCACCAACUACGCUGGUAUCAUGUCUCAGGGUCUUCGCAUUGCGCCUCCAGAAGCUCCAGUGACUGGUUACAUGUUUGGCAAAGGUGUAUACUUUGCUGACAUGGUGUCCAAGAGUGCAAACUACUGUCACACCUCCCAGUCCGACCCUGUGGGUCUCUUAUUGCUGGCUGAGGUUGCCCUUGGAAACAUGCAUGAACUGAAGAAAGCUGCACACAUUACAAAGUUACCCAAGGGCAAACACAGUGUCAAAGGUUUGGGUAGAUCUGCUCCUGAUCCUGGUGCUACUAUCGAUCUAGACGGGGUGCAAGUACCGCUGGGAAAAGGAACCUCCACAAACAUAGAUGACACAAGUCUACUGUACAACGAAUACAUCGUGUACGACACAGCACAGAUAAAUUUGAAGUAUCUUCUGAAGACCAAGUUUAACUACCAGUCAUCCCUGUGGUGAGCAGGGCUGUGUCCAAACCGUCUUCAGUAAAAAACAAAACAAAAACAAACUGUUGCCACAAUUGCCUCCAAACAAACAUUCACUGCAACAGAAGAUGUUUGGCAAAGAAAUGAUGCUCUACCAUCUUUUACAAUUGUCACGGAAAUUCUCCAGUUGCUUUCCUUGGUUUUGUCAUGUUUUCCAGCAGGCACUCAUCUUUAGAAUUACAUUAGGUUCUUAAAUACCGAAAUCUGGCUUUGUACAGUAGCUGGAGUUUGAUGCAUACAUACUACGUAGAAAGGUUUUGGUCCAGUGAUCAACAUCAAAGGUUAGUUUUCUGACUGGUAUAAUCCCACAUCUGAGAAGGAUCUAAUUUCUUUUCUUCUUUUAAAUCUUCAAGAGUAGUAUUGCAAAAAUAAAUAGUUCUAAGUUGUGAAAUAAGCAGUGUUUACAUGUUGCAAAGGUUCCCCUGCAAGAUCGCCCCUACGAUGAACGCUUCUAGAGGUUUCUGUUGGAUUCAAUGAAUACUGUACAAUGUUUGACCUGUACAUAUGUUGUUUUUUUUUUGUUGUUUCUUCAGCUGUCUUCCUUCAUGAAAAUGGAAAAAAUGUAGUUUGUGUUCAUGUGAUGUAUUCUGAGAAAUAAAAACAGCCAGAGUAUGUCGAUUUCUG